AUGACUUUGAUCACCAAGCUCUCCCAUGAGGGAGCCAAUCUCUCUGCUGCCCUGCCUCAAGUCGAGCCCGAGGAUGUCGGCCCCAAAGCCAGUGCCAGCAAGUUGAAGCAGCAGCCUGCUUCUUCCAUCCUGCCCGUCCAAGGAACCAAGCAAUCCGAGGAGCCUGAAGAGACUGUCGAGGCCAGCCAGAGUCACACCAUCCUCUUAGCUCAGCAGAGCCAAACAGGUAAAGAGUACCUGUCCAAGUCCCAAGAUGUCGCCGCCCCCAUCAACGUCCAACUCACCCCCGGCGCCAAUGAGGCUGACGCCCAUGCCGAGGAUACCGAGGCUGUCGAGGAUGACGAUGAAGAUGAGGAUGAAUAUGAGGAUGAAGAUGACGAGGAAGAUGACGAGGGAGACGACGAGGAUGACGACGAGGAUGACGACGAGGAUGAUGCCGUUCAUGUUGUCCGAUUCACAUCUCUCGAGGACGUUAUGGCCAGAAUCGCGGCCAGAAUCGCGGCCAGGGAUGCUUCUAAAGGUGGAAAGAAGGAUGAUGAAGACAAGGAGGAGAAUAAUGCUGGAGAAGGAGAGGAGGAGGCGCAGAACGCUGCUGAUGCUGAAGCCAACGCUCAGGAGGAGGAAGAUGAUGCUCGGGGCAGUGCUGCUGGAGCUGGUGUGGAAGAUGCCCAGGGUGGAGAGGGCACCGAGGAGGACGAAGGAGUUGAUGAAGGAAAUGUCAAGGAGGAAGGACAGGAGGAGAGAGGUGAAGAUAGCGAUGAAGGUGAAGAGGAGGAGGAAAAUGCAGGCCCUGAUUUUGCCCGUGCAGCUCGUCGCCGUGCCCCCAGGGGGUACAGAGCCAAACCGUGCUUUGUCCAGAUGAUUACCGAGGCCUUGAACUACUACCGCCACGACCCCAAGGGCACAACCCCUACAUCGAUCAAGAGCUGGAUCUCGUAUAACUACAACCUCGAUAACUUAAUCAUAGAGGCACAGUUCAAGAAUGCUCUUGAUUACGGUCUUGGUGUUGAGAAGAUAUUCAAGUGCAAGAAGAGCCGUUCUCGCUUAGUACUUGUUGACAGGUUGCAGCAGGGUGGUGAGGAUUCCGACAGCGAUGAUGAUGAAGAAAGUGGAGAUGAGCAGGGUGGUCCUCAUGGCGGUGGUGAUGGUGGUCAGAGCCAAUCUCGGGCUGGUGAUAGACAGGGCCAGGCUCAGACUGGUGGUGGUAAUCAGGGCCUAACCCGGGCUCAGUCUGGUACCGGUGGAGCGGAAGGAGAUACCACUGCUUCUGCUGCUGAGGAGAGCCAGGAUGAAGGAGGUCGUGCUGGCCAGAAUGAAGACGGUGGUUCUCAAGAGGAGGAGCAAGCUCAGGGUCUAUGUGGAUUCGAGGACGAAGAGGAUGAUGAGGAGGAGGAUGAAUUUGAUGAGGAGGAGGAAGAUAACGAUGAGGAGGUGCAGGAAGAUGACGAUGAAGAGGUGCAGGAGGAUGACGAUGAGGAGGUGCAGGAGGAUGACGAUGAGGUGGAGGAGGAGGGAGAUGGCGAUGAUGAUGACGCUCAGCCUAACAACAACAGACGGUUCGGAAGGAUCACUGCCGUCCAGAAGUCCGUUCCGGUUGCUGCCACCAAGAAAUCUGCUGCUCGGUCCAAGAAGGUUGCUACCCUCGAACCCAAAAAGGGCAAGAGCCUCAUCAGGACUCUGAAGGCUCCCAAGCCCGCCAAGGCUAUCAAGUCCACCGCUAAGGAGGCUGAAGUUGAGGUUGAGGGUGAAACCAAAACUGGUACCCGCAAGUCGACCAAGAAAACUGCUGCCAAGGAGACUCCUACCGCUUCUGCCAUUAAAGCUGCCACCAGCACCAAGGCUGCCGAUUUCAAGAAGGAGACCGCCAAGGAAAAUACUGCGUCCAAGAAGGCUGCCGAUGCCAAGAAGGAGACUGCCAAGGAGGAGGCUAACCCCACGAAGGCCGUUGUCCCCAAGAAGACGUACGGGUACAUCAAGCUCGCUGCGACGCAGCCCGCUGCCGCUAUUAUUGUUUCCGCCCCUGCCUCUGCUUCUUCUACCGUCAAGUCAGCCUCAAAGCGUGCUACUCGGAUCACCAAGAAGCAAGACGAGACGAAGGAUGAUGAAACUCCAUUGCGUACCGAGGGUACCACAACCCGAUCGCUGAAGCGCAAGGCUGAUGACACCACUGACGCCAAGGAGGAGGAGGACAAGAUGAAGGGCACUCAAAGACUUCGUGGAAAAGAUGGGCGCUUCAUUUCUGCCGCGCCUGGUCCAUCCAAGACUCGCGGUUCGUCUGGCCCCUCCAAGGCCCGCAAGGUUUAG